AUGUCCAAAAAGAUAAGACAUGAAGUUUUUAGAUCAGAGCUUAUUGCUAUCAGAAGAGACCUGCAGUACGUAGUUCAGGUGGAGGAGCAUUUCCAAGACACCCGGAUCUUAACUGACAGUCGCACUUCAAUUCAGCACCUCUCCAAUUGGGGUAUUGUUAUAGACCAGACUAGCCUGGACAUUUUAAAUCUACUUGACACAUUUUCACCCGGUCAUGCCAUACAUUUUCAAUGGAACCCGUCACAUGUUGGGGUCGAAGGUAAUGAAAAGGCCGACUCCUUAGCUAAGUCCGCUGCUGAGGAGGGUGUGAGUCAUUGUGGGAAGCUUACCUUUAGCGAGAUUUCUUCCCUGGCAAAAAUAUAA